AUGGCCCGUGCGAUGAGCGUGGUUCUCUUUAUUGUGACGGCCUGCUUCGCCUUCGCCUUCGUCCCGGCGCCCGGACCCAUUUCGGCACCUCGCCGCAUGACCGCGAGGGCCUCUGAGGCCGCAGAGGCUUCGUCGCCGGAGGACUGGAAUCCCAGCUGGGCUUCCCCGGUGCUGGCCCUGGUCGCCUGCGCCCUCUUUGCUGGGGCCCAGGCCGGCUACGCAAGCCCAUCCACUUCGAGGUUGGGUAAGGUGGACUUUGUCACGAAUCCUCCGGUGCCCCGUGCAGUGCUCGAGGAGAAGCAGAUGACGAAGGUGAAGCUUGCAGCAGCACCCAGCAGGAUGGAGAUUGUAGAGAAAGUCCGACAGCAGGAGAUGGAGUACAUGAAGUCGACUUUUGUCCCGGGUGGACCGAAGCCUGUGCGCAUCGCCAUGUGA